AUGCCACAUUUCCCUCCCCUAUAUCCAAAGAGUUCUGUGAAAAGUUCAAGAAAAGGCUCUCCAUUACCAGAUGAAUCAAAUGGAAAUAGAAGAAGGUCGAAUAGAUUGUCAGAGCUUGAACAGAAAGAUGCCGUAGAGAAGUUGAAGAAAAGUAGGAAUAAUCAUGAAGCUGAUGAUCCUGAAUUAGUGCUGAAGAAAAGAAAGUUUAAUAUUGAUGGCAAAACAAAUUUAUCUAAGGAAGGAUCCACCACAACUCCCAAAACCUCUAAUAGAUCGGUCACUUUGACGCUGAAAGGUGGUCAGCUACAGUUUAAUGAACCUGAACUUGGUGAUCCAAUAAUAUCGGUAACAGGGUUGCCUUUGGAUGCUCCUCCAAACUCAAAGAUAAAGAAGGAGAGUUUAUGGCCAAGAAAGAAAACAAAAAAAUCUAAAUCUACAGACGCUGAAGACAGCGAAGAAGACCCUAACUCAACUCCAGAAGUUAGUCUACCGCCAGAAAAUAUUGAAAAACAGUUGCGACAAGGUCUUAAAACAAAUGAAUAUGAGAAGAAAUUACAGCCUAGCAACGAUCGUUCCAGGAAUGUUAAACCCGUUCCUAAAAAAGGUGCUGAAAUACACGGAAGAAAAUUUGUCAAGUCCAAAAUUGCAAAUGUUACCACACCAAAGAAGAAAGAAAGUAAGCUUAAAGAAGGCUCAAAAAAGAAUAUUAAGAAUGCAUCUCCUAAGAAAACUAGAGAAAACCCUUUCGGGUUCGAUAACCCUAUGCAAUUAGCUGGACAACAUAGAGAAAAUGCUUUUGAUUUCAAUGAUAAUACCAAAGAUAAUGAAGAUUUUUGCUCAUCUUGUGGUGAACCUGGUGUGUUUUUGUGUUGUGAGAGCUGUCCCAAAUCAUUCCAUUUUGCUUGUUGUGACCCACCAUUAAGUGAGGAUAAUUUACCGGAUGGUAAUUGGUUUUGUAAUGAAUGUAAAGCCAAAAAGAACCCACCGGAACCAAAUCCACCUGGUUUGUUCUCUAAGUUAUUAAACCAAGUUGAUACAAGAAAUCCUAUCCAAUUUAAGUUACCGAAGAAGAUAAGAGACAGAUUCGAAGGUGUCAUCACCGGAAAAUAUGGUGAAUAUGAGGAUAAUGACUACAAGCCUUAUAGGCCAACUAAAAUUGGUGCGUUUGAGCAAACUGAUCCAGAUCUGCAUUUCGAUAAGGAUGGCAAUAUUCUUUUAUGUCAAAGAUGUGGUGAAAGUGGUAUUAGUCCAAACAAGUUGAAUGGUGAAGCUGAUAAACUAAUUACAACUUGUGACUACUGUCCAUCAGCAUGGCACUUGGACUGUUUAGAUCCUCCAUUGGCAUCUGUUAAACAACUGGGAAAGAAGUGGAAAUGUCCAAAUCAUGCUGACCAUUUACUUCCUAACAAACCAAGAAGAUUGAGGAAGCAAACUAUCAUUGAUGUUGAUCAAGUUCAUGGGUUUAAAAACGAUGGCAAUAUUGAAGUAAAACUUCGUGAAUCUGAUAAUGAAGAGGAUGAUGAAGAUGAAAUUCAUGAAAUACCAACACCGGCAUUUUUAGGCAAUCGUGAUACCCAAAAUGGGGUCGCUGCUAAAAUAUCGAAGAAUACAUCAAAAUUAUGGAACGAUUCAUAUGCAAUCUAUAGAGUUCCUGAAGAAGGGGUCAUUUCAGACUUUUUGAGCAAAGUGAUUGAUUUGAAAGAGAAGGAGAAAAACGCAAGAGUUAGUGAGCUUUUGAAUUUAACUAGGGAAAAUAAUGUGUUAUUGAAAAGAUUAUCAGAUGGGGAUGAAUUCAACCAAGACGAAAAGAAAGCAGUACUGUCUCUUGUCGAGCUUCCAGAGCUGAACUUCAAGGAGUUGGCUGAUAUUGCAAGUAAAGAAUUGGACUCUUUGGCAUUUGAUGAUUCAACCCAAAGUGAUGAGAAAAUAUCAGAAGCAGAAGUUCAAGAGUUAUUAAGUAUAAAGAAGUUGAUGGCUCUGAAGGGCAAAGAUAAUUUGUUAAAGUUUUUGAAAGGUUGA